CUUGGAAAAAAACAUUUGGCCUUCUCUUACUCAAUCGCAGGUGUUUUUCACGAUUCAUUAUCGACACUCUGUCUUCUGGGAGAGGUACUUUCUCAAACAUGAUAUCUUCUCCAUCUAAUAAGUCUCCCAUUAACUUUGUCUUCGUUGCAAGAGAUGACGACUUACGAAGGCGAGUUUUCUCUAUCUCUUUGUCGUUAAGGGCGGAUGAAGGUAGUGGUUCGAUUACAAAAGCUUUGUCCAGUCUCUUCACAGCUUCCCUCUCUUUAGCGGAACAUUUGUCUGGCCAGUCAUACCCGUCAAAUAAUCGUACUUUUAUGUUCAACUUUUGAAUGGAAAGUCGUGAUUUUAAGAAGACAUCGUCGUGUCCUACUAAAGCUCGGGCGCCCAUAUCCCCUUCUGACAGCGGGUCUGCAAUAGAGUGAAGUGGAAAGUGGUGAUGAAUGAUCUGAGACAACAAAAGACAUCCAGCCGAACAAUCCGAGUCCGUGCUGUACCACCCGGAUAUUUGUUCGUCACCAGGUGGAAUCACGAGCCGUGGCAAGUCGUCUUUAUCCACCGUCGUCCAUUCGUACCCAUCAAGCAUUAAGGUCCGUAGAUCAUUAUCCGCAAUCGUUGGGAUUUUGCUCUCCGAAAUUGAAUGCAACACUUUUGGUUGUUUAAACUCAUCAUAGGGUUUAUCGUCAAUUCUUGAUGUUUCAGGUUCGGGUAUUGAAACACAUUGUGCUUUUUUCAAAUCUAAGAUGUCCUCGUUUGUCAGGGCUGUAAGCUUGGACUGUAAUUCUCCGACUGAGUUUGCGAAGCAGGUGAAAGAAUCCUUGCAACCUUGAAUUGACAAUGUGCCCAUCGUCAAACUUAAGGCGAGGGGCGAAUCUUUUGAAAGAUCAGGUUUCAAGGGUCCUAUUUGAUUUCUCUGCGUAACAAUUGCAUCCAUUGCGUCGAAAGAGAGAACGUUCACGAAAUUCAGUUCUCUCAAAAUUGCCUCUGGCAUUGUUCCGUACAACGACACAUUUUUUCCGCCGCAUUUUUUUUCUUCUUUUGAUAUCAUCGAAUAUUGGCAAAGGCGUCUAUUUUCAUU